AUGAUGUUUGAUCCUCCCGACUUUCCCUUUAAAGAAUUAACAGAAUCUAUAAAGGUUCAUUAUGGCGCAGAAGGCGUUCUUUAUAAUGAUACAAUGGUUAAUGAUUCAGUAACAGCUGAUAAAGAUCUAGUUAAAGUAACAGAGGCAAUUAUUUCUUCAGUAGAAAAUCAGUUAACAUUUAACACGAAUAAUACUGGACGAUUUUUUGAUGUUGAAAAUGCUACUUUCCAUUUACAACAGGGAAAUGCUGAACAGAAUUCUGAAUCUUAUAUUUUGGAGCCAGAUAACUUAUUUAAUUAUGAACCCACUUUGCUUGACGAUAACAUUGUCAACCAAUUUUUAUUGCCAAUACAAGAAUCUUCAGAAAAAAACAAGAGUUCAGAAAAUAUUGGUCCUGACCUCUUGGCCCUUCAUUCGUGUGUGUUAUGUCAUGAAAUAUUUACCACAGAUGCGGAUCUACUUGACCACACAAUAUCUACACAUGCUUCAGAUCCCUCGAUUAAGCAGGAUUCAAAUAUCUCUCUAUAUAGUAAUAUUAAUAAUAUAACAAUAAACGAGUCUAAAGAUAGCUCAAAUUUCGACUGUGAAUGGCUGGUAUGCUGUACAUGUGAGAGGAUUCUGUCGACCGCGCUCGAGUCUGAGCCACGUGAACAGCUAUGUUGUACGGACAUAAGCGGCAAGGGAAGCGUAGGCUCGAGGAGAUUAAGCUCUAUGUUCGUGUGUGACUACUGUAGUUACUUGUUUGCCAACGGGGAAGCUCUCGACCGGCACCGACUCACAUGCUUCGGACAAGAAGACUUUUAUCCUUUACAAGCGGAGGAAUCGAUUUUAGAAUUAACUACAACACAAUCAAACAAAACGUGUAUUUCCUGCACUAUCUGUAGGAAGCAAUACAAAAAUGAAGAAGAGUUGCGUAUUCAUAAUGUAGAAUGCUGUCGGCCGGCAGGCAGGCAGCGCCGGCCAUACUCCACUAGCAAUAGAAACAAAAUGUGGAAUUGUGGAUCAUGUAAUCAACUUUUUACGACUGCGAGGGAACUGUAUCGUCACAAGCGCGGAGAGGAUAGACCGCCGGGAACACCGUUAAUGGCUUACGUUUGUGAAGAAUGUGACAAGGUCCUAGGCAGUAUGUGCGCAUUGCACACUCACAAAAAGAUGCACAAAGUAUCGAAACCCGGAUAUCCCUGCACAGUGUGCGGUCGUCGCUUUAACCAGUCUGGUCACCUGGCGAUCCACAUGCGCAUGCACACGGGCGAGCGCCCGUAUCCUUGUGACUUGUGUUCGAAGGCAUUUAAAGUUAAGGUUCCCAGAGUUUUUUCCAUAGUUAAUAUAAUGGUGUGGCGGCAGGUGGAGCGCGACGACCAUCGCCGGACACACACGGGCGAACGCCCCUUCGCGUGCAACGCCUGCCCCAAGACGUUCACUGCUGCUGCACGCUUGCGUGAACACGCGCGCAUACACACCGACCAAAGGCCUUACAAGUGCGAUAUCUGCGGUGCAGCGUUUCGAAGGCCGUACGCUCGCACAGUCCACACCCUCAUACACACAGGAGAAAAGCCCCAUGAAUGUGACAUUUGUGGAACCGCUUUUAGACGUUCGGGAGAUAUGUGGAAGCACAAAAGGACACUUCAUGGAGUAUUCAGCAGCAAUGGAGAAACAAAU